AUGGCAAAAUUUCUGCAACAGCGUACUACCAUUCUCAGCGCGUUCACACCAUAUGUACAUACAACGGGCUCCACCAAGCCAGUAGAAACCCACCCGCAUAGCCCGCAUCAGUACACCUGCACACUCCAAACACCCAUCUCCACUCCGCAUGUAGACUAUUGCCAGCGCAAUCGCCCCAUUUCUACACCCAUCUCCACCUCACUAUCUACACUCGUCUCCACCCCAUCUCGGCCCGUCCUCGUCACCACUCCUCCUACUACGGUUGCUCCCGAUGCAAAUUGGUUACGCACCUCGUCUCGGUGA